AUGCUUGGCGUAACGAAGAACAUCUGGCAAACAGUGAGCAGCUAUCUGGAGGAUAGGAGGCAAAUCGUCAAAUGGGGAAACCAUCUCUCCAAGCUGCAGGCAGUUUUAGCUGGUGUUCCUCAAGGUGGGGUUCUAUCCGCUCUCCUGUUUGUUCUCUGCAUGAACUCUCUCAUGGGAUCCCUGCCGGGCCAGAUGCAAGCAGCUGUUGACGCAGUUACAGCCUGGGGCCAGACCUACUGCCUUUCAGCCAAUGCUGGGAAGACUAAGGACAUAGUUAUUAGUUUCAGGGAGCCUCAAAAUAGACCAAUUUCCCCUCCCAUAGUUUUGAACAACCAGGCUGUAGAGAGGGUGGAUACAUUCAAGCUCCUUGGAAUCCAGUUGUCCUCUGACCUGAAAUGGGAUGCACAAGUUCAGUCUAUGCUGAAGAAGGCUCAGCCACGGGUUCAUUAUCUGAGUGUGGCCAAACGGGCACAGCUCCCCCCAGAUGUGCUGGCCCAGGUAUAUGUGACCUUCAUCAGACCAGUGCUGGAAUAUGCUUCACCUGUCUGGGCCAGCCUACCAAAACACCUGAUCCAGGAACUGGAAAGUCUGCAGAGACGGUGCUGCUGCAUCAUUGGGAUACCAACUGACUCCUUUCCCACUCUGGAGGCGAGGAGAGAGGAGGCUACCCUGAGGGAGUUCAAUCGGCUGCUGAAAGAUGGGACCAGUCCAAUGAUCCAGAGCCUGUCUACAAAUUCAAGCCACUACACAUUGAGAAAUGGAAGGACACUCACACAACCUGGGAGUCACACAAAAAGACAUCAGAUGUCGUUCCUCCCAAGAGCCUACAAGCUGUACCAGAAGUAA